ACCCGCCAGCCACCACGAUGAAGUUCUUGGCUACGACAACCAUCCUCGCAUCCUGGGCGACUCUUGGCGUUCGCGCCGCCGUCCAGGAGAGGCAGACCACGAAACCUCUCGUCGACUCCGCCAGCUUCCAAGAUCAGAUCACCAAGGAGAACCUGCAAGCCAACUUGGUCCAACUGAGCGACAUCGCAACAGCAAACGGCGGCAACCGCGCCUUCGGACUCCCGGGCUACGCCGCCUCGGUCGACUACAUCUUCAACCGCAUCUCCAGCGCCGCCGGCGCCAAACACCGAGCUCCGCGCAACCUCACCGUCAACGGCGAGAAGCUGACCAUCUACGGUCUCUACGGGUCCCCGGACACGCCCGCCGAGGGCAUCACCGCGCAGCUCGUCGCAGGACCCAAUGGUACCGCUGCCUGCGAGCCUGCUUCGUACGCGGACCUCGACGUCGACGGCAAGAUUGUGAUUGUGACGGAGUCACUGUGUCCUGGGUACCGGGAUGGGUUCCACGCUGGGGUGAUGAAGCCUGCUGCUGCGGCGGGUGCUACUGCCGUGAUUGUGAUUAACGAUUUUGCGCUCAAUCUUACUGCUGGAAACCUUGGUCCGGCUGAUGAUGGGACGUAUGUUCCUACUGGCUUCGUCAACCAGUACAUUGGCGAUCCGCUCAAGGCUCGGUUGGCGGCUGGGGAGGUGCUGACGGCUUUGUUCUGGGAGGCUGAGGUUAUCGAUAGCCGGGUCACGCAGAAUGUGUUUGCUGAGACGGAGGGCGGUGACGGGAACAACGUGUUUGUCCUCGGCGCCCAUCUGGACAGUGUUGCAUGGGGACCAGGUAUCAACGACAACGGCUCCGGAACCUCCCUCCUUCUCGAGCUCUUCCUCGCCCUCACUAAGUACGCCACCAACAACAAAAUCCGCUUCGCGUGGUGGGGCGCCGAAGAGAAGGGCCUCAUCGGAUCCCGCUACUACGUCAAAAACCUCGCCACGCAAGAGCGUGACAACAUCCUGGCCUACCUCAACUUUGACAUGGUCGCCAAGGGAUACUACGGCGUCUUUGACGGCGAUGGCGCGUCCUAUGGCGUUCCCGCACCGCCUGGCUCCGAUGUCAUCCAGGAACUCUUCACCGCCGACUUUGUCGCCAAGGGCAUCAAUGUGACUGCCGCGAGAUUCACGAACGGCAGUGACUAUGCCUCCUGGCAGGUUUUGGGCAAGCCUAUCGGUGGUCUUCACACGGGAACGGGGUCUGCGCAGGAUCCCUGCUAUCACCAGGAGUGCGACAACAUCAACAACCCGGACCUGGACCAGCUCACAACUACUGCCCAUGUUCUGUCUGCCUUGGCACUCGACGGAACCAACCUGAUCAAGAAGCUAAGCGCUCGCGUGCUUCCCGCCCGCGCAGUUGCAGCCGACCGAGUCAUCGCGACUGUAGAGGAAUCUGAGGACGAACAUCACCAUUGUUAA